AUGUCUUCUCGAGACCCCCAAAGUGAUGGGGAGGAUGCUGAAAGGAGCCUCAGCUAUUCACGGAGUCUCGCUGUAUCUGCAGGUGUUCCCUCCAGUCCUCAGGCCCAGAGUGCAGCAUACCUGGGUCAGGGGGACCCUUAUAAAUUGAGCCUCCUCUGCCCAGACACACCACAUCCAACACCCAGAGGCCUCCAGGGCCCCCUCCUCCUGGAGAAACCAAGUCAGCUGCCCCCCACUUUCCUCCAGGGCAGGCAAGGGGAGUCUCCCAGCGGGGAGGCUCAGGAACCGGGUGCAGGUCUACAGUCACCCAGCCUAGAGCCCCAGUCCCCCGCAUGGCCAUGCCAUGAUGCAGAAGCCACGCAGGAGCCCCUGAGAGAUUCCAGUGGUCACCUGGGAAGCACCGUGAGCCACGACAGCAGCGUCCUGUCAAGCCUGCUACACUCCAGCCUGGAGCGAUGCAUUGACAUCAGCCGGCUGAGCAGCGGGUACGCAGGGGAUGAGGAGAACAGCGAAGUCAGCUUGCCAGGCAGCCAUCAAAUCGUGCGGUUGAGCAGAAGGCUCCACACCCAGGCAGGCGGGGCCCAGACCAACCAGGUGUGCGCCGUCUACUCUCCUAAGCAGCUGAAGAGACGACUGGCCCGCCAAGCCAACAGCACCAGCCAGACUGGAAGGGAAUAG